UUCAUCCAUUUAUUCGUCUACUUCCACUAAUUCUACUUGUACAAAGUGAUAUUGAAUGGCGAAUCUGUUGUUACCAACUUCUAAACCAUGUUGUUUCCUUUUUCUCUCAUUGUCACUCUUACUGGUGUGCUGCACCCUUGCUCGUGAUUUUUCGAUUGUUGGUUAUUCAUCGGAUGACUUGACAUCGGUAGACAAACUCAUAGAUAGGUUUGAAUCGUGGAUGUCUAAACAUGGGAAAGCAUAUAGGAGCAUUGAAGAGAAGGUGCAUAGGUUUGAAGUUUUCAAGGACAAUUUGAAGCAUAUAGAUGAGAGAAAUAAGUUGUCAGAUAGUAGUUAUUGGCUUGGUUUGAAUGAAUUUGCAGACUUGAGCCAUGAAGAGUUCAAGCAAAAGUAUCUUGGACUCAAAAUUGAUAAUCAAAUCCCAAGGAAGAGAAACGAAUCACCCUCUUCUUCUGCUAGAGAUGUUGCUGAUGUACCUAAAUCUGUAGACUGGAGGAAAAAAGGUGCUGUAACUCAUGUCAAGGACCAAGGUGAUUGUGGGAGUUGCUGGGCAUUUUCUACCGUGGCAGCUGUAGAAGGCAUAAAUCAAAUUGUAACAGGAAAUCUGACUUCAUUGUCUGAGCAACAGUUGAUAGAUUGUGAUAAACCCUUCAACAACGGUUGUAAUGGAGGAUUGAUGGAUUAUGCUUUCCAAUUCAUAGCUUUUAACGGCGGUUUGCAUAAAGAAGACGAUUACCCGUAUCUAAUGGAGGAAGGAACAUGCGAAAGAAAGAAGGAGGACAUGGAAGUAGUAACCAUUAAUGGUUACGAAGACGUGCCAGAGAACGACGAGCAAAGCUUGUUAAAGGCACUCUCACGUCAGCCUCUUAGUGUUGCUAUCGAGGCCUCUGGCAGAGAUUUCCAAUUCUACAGUGGGGGUGUGUUUAAUGGAGCUUGUGGUACAGAAUUAGAUCAUGGAGUGACUGCUGUUGGGUAUGGCUCAGAUAAGGGAGGAUUAGACUACAUCAUCGUUAAAAACUCUUGGGGACCAAAAUGGGGAGAAAAAGGAUAUAUUAGGAUGAAGAGAAACACAGGAAAUUCUGAAGGAAUUUGUGGAAUCAACAAGAUGGCUUCGUAUCCAACCAAAAAGGGAAAAAGCUACUGAUGAACGCCUCAGAUCUUGGUCCUGAAACAGUUUCAAGUCUGAUUUUAUUUUUCAUUUUUCAUUUGUUUUUGGUGAUACAAGAGGUGCAGCACCCUCAAAAGGUUUCAAAGAAACAGAACUUACAAAACUUUGAUUGAAAUAUUUCAAUAAAUGCACUAUAUACGUACAGAUUUAA